AUCAGGGCAGAAGCAGUGUGUCGUUCGUUUUCCCCCCUCGACUCAGUAAUUUUUGAUUUACUGUUAGUGGAGAUCCUAGUUAGAAGCAGCGAGCGAACGAGCGGAAGAGACUGAUUACUGUCGUUUGGUUUGGAGGGAAGCUGCUGUGUUUGUGCUGAAAAGCCUCCGAGCACUGGAUUGCAGGAUGUUGUUCGGUGGAAAAUGCAAUUGUCGGCUGCAUAAUUGAGUUUUUCUCCGACACUCGGAUGGGUGGAAGAAAAAAUUGUGUAUGACGGAAUGUGUGUCGUCGAAGCGUAUGUGAGUUGUUCCGAGUCCGGAAAUUGAAUUCUGCUGGCUGGAGGAGGCUGGCUAGGCGCAGGGCAGUGGAAAAUUUAGGUCCUGUUGGAAUACACUAAGUGCAACUCUUGUAACCCGCCAAAGUGCUUCCUAAGUGAAAGUGAAGAGAGCAGUGGAAGCGAGAGUGAGAGAGUGAGGGAGAAAGUGGCAGAGAGGGCGGUGGCCCCCAGAAAGGGUGGUAGCGUAGUAAAGUGAUCUCGCCGUCCCCGGAGUAGUAUCGGCGUUCGAUGACGAUAUGAAUGCGCUCUGAACUCCAAGGAAUAGGAUAACAGUACGUAGUAGUACAGCAGCGCACACUAUAGGAAGUGAAAGGAGCGCGAGAGCGAUGUAUUUGUGACGUCAGUGAUAACAGGAAAAGUGUGAAGACUCACACAAGCGUUUUCCCACAGGAGGAAGGACUCGGAUUUUGCACGCCAUGUACGAAUUUCCUUCUAGCAGCAGCACAGUGUUGGUCCUUACUGUCCGAGUGUGACUCGAUUCAUUCACCGAAUCCGGAAACGUACCGUCACUACACCCACCAUCACGAACUGGAGUCGACUGGAGUGAAAGUGCUUUUCCCCUUCUGUGCAGUGAAAUCCACGAUUUGAAAAUGGACAGUUCCCCGGAUCUAUCGUUGAAGCUCCGUCGUGGAUCGAGCGAUUCCCGCGACUCGUUCUACAUGGACUUUGCCCAGGGCAUCGAUUCGGACAUCGAAGAUGUAGUCACGCAAGCCUCCGGGGGUGCGUCCCACCCCCAAACUGUUACCACUCCGAGCACCCUGGCUCCCAUCACUGCCAGUAGCACCACGGCCAGCCUACCGGACGUGACGGUCCUGUCGGCCUGCGGUACCAGCCACUCCGGAACGGCCAUCAUCCCCGAAGAUCCGGAAGAUCUGGACGAUGACAUGGAGGAAAUGGGGCCGGUUCCACCGCCGAUGCCAGAGCUCGGCGACCACCCGAUCCCGUCGAUUGCAGCUGGGAUGGAUCUGCCGUUGCCCCCGUUGCCAACUUUGGAGAUUGACGACAGGGACAUUGACCUUCCCCUGCAACAGCUUAUGCCAUCGCCGUCGGUGCCGCAGAAUGCCAUCGUCUCACCGGAAUCAUUCAGCAACCACACAUCACCGGGACAGUCUUCACAGCAUCUGGCAAUGGCCGAAACUCCAACGCCCCAACAGCAGCAGCUGGAAGCUCAAUCACAUCCACCACUUCUUCCCCAGCAAGACUACCCCCUGCACGGGGACGAAUCACGCGUAGGAUCCUCGCUGGACACCCAGAGCAAAACCCAACUCGGUUCAUCAUCCACCUCAUCUGCCUUCCAGCGGAUUCACACACCAACUCUCAGCGUCAAAACAAACCCGGUGGUCAUCUUUCCCGGAUCGUCGUCACCCUCCCUACCAACUCCAAUCCCACUCCAACCCUCGCCAACCACCAUCCAUAGGCAGCCUCCCCCAGGAUCCACGACCACCACCCAGCACCUGGCCGUACUCUACCAUUCCCACCACCAUCAUCUGCACCCGAUCCUGAACACCACCCGGAGACCGUCGCGACUCCCCGAACCAAUCUACUACCACCACCAGCAGCAGCGGGAGGUUAAACCGGGUGAAGCACUGGCGACGACCCUGUCGGCGCUCUACGGGAAGCUGCUAGUUGUGAUGGGGAUUGCUUUCCCGAUGGCCGAGGUUAUCUCCACCUACAUUCCGCCUUCGUUUUAUGAGGGCUUCUACUUGUAUCUCUACAUAGGCAGUAUGGUAUUCCUUUUGUUCAUGUACACGACGCUGCUGUGGGGCCGGCCCAAAACGCCAACCGUUUCACCCGUCAAUAAAUCACCCAACAAAAAGAUCAUCCACCGCACCAGCACGACCUGUUCCACCGACAGUGGUGAACGCUCGGACAGCGACGACGACACGGUCAGCUCCGGACCGAAGGUCAUGAUUCCAAGCCGGCGGAUGUCCCUCUCGGCGGCCACUUCCCGCAUUCAGCACUUUGGCAGUUUCUACCUCCGAAUGGGAGCCGUCGCAUUCGGAAUCGGAAGCAUGAUCUACUCCGGCCUGGAGUUCGGACAGUACUUUGAGCUGGAACGGGACACCAAAUGCCACAACGUACUGCUGGCGCUGACUCCGGCCACCCGGAUGGCAUUCAUCUUUAUCCAAAUGUAUUUCAUAUUCCUGAACAAUGAGCAAAUCAAAGUCUAUCGGCACAAGAUUUUGGCUCGCUUCGGACUGAUGCACAUGAUCGGGACCAAUCUGUCGGUGUGGUUCUCGGUGCUGAUUCAGGAAACCAAGCACGAGAUACUGACGUUCUACAACCCGGAGAACCGGACACUGCGGAUAUCGCAUCGACUGGGUCACAAGACUAUUCCUCACCCGGUGGAUACGGUUGCCCAUUUGCGGGUAGCCAGAGGCCUUAAAGGUCCCCACAAUAUCUUCGAGUGUCGACGGUCGAACAUCAUCGGAACCUUGGUUCAGGAUGCAUCUCCAUUUCUGUUCCCAUGUACGAUCGAAUACUCGCUCAUCUGUGCAGCCAUCUUGUACGUCAUGUGGCGUAGCAUCAGUCGACCUCAAUCGGAGCCACCUCAACGACAGGAGAGUCUACACCCGUUGAAGCGAUCGCCGCACCACUACUCCGUAGACUGUGCCGGAGCUCACAAGGGACUGUUCAUUGGCAUUCUGAUCCUGGUGCUGACCAUCAUCUCGCUGAUUCUGUUCUUCGUGCUGAUUUCAAGACCCGAAUUCGUGAACUUGGCUGUCACUGAGGUUAACAUUUGCGAAUUGACAUUGUAUGGGACAACGACCGCUGCUACGUUAAUCGGGAUGAUACAGAUCCGGCACAUGCAGUACGAUGCAUUCCGGAGUUUCAGCCUUGAUGAUAUCCUUCUGGUCGGCGGCCAAACUGGUUCAUUCCUCUACAGCACUUUCACCAUCAUCGGAGGUCAGUUCAUGAUGCGAAGGGACACGGUGCUGGUGCUGAUCACUGCCCUAGCAUCGCUGGUGGAAACCGCCUGCCAGACCAUGUUCAUUCUGAAUGCCAGUCGGCGAUCCGCCGCAACUCAGGAGCACAUGCGAAAGAAACCAGGUCGGGAAAUCGUAACCUUCCUGCUGGUUAGCAACCUGGCCAUGUGGGCCAUCAACACGCUGGAAAAGUCCCGUGCCGAGUCACACCCGAUCCAGCUGCACUUCUAUGGCCUCUGGGCGUGGACCAUCAUCACUCACGUUUCGAUGCCCCUGGCCAUCUUCUACCGAUUCCACAGCACCGUGUGCCUGUGCGAAAUUUGGAAACGAGCGUACAAAAUGAAACCGGCUUACAUGUAAUCCGAUCCGGUCGUACCGUUGAAUGUGAUUAGUUGUGGUGCUGCGCACCGAGAAGGAAACCCAAAUCCUCGUUCGUUAUACCUUUGCCAUUUCACUUUCUCGUUCACUAUCUCUCUCUCGUUUCCCAUUAAUCGUAAGGCAACACACAGCUCAACUAUGAACCUGUAUCUCUGUAACCCCCGCCAACCUACACGUUAGACUGUAUUCCUCAAAACUCAAAACUGAUGGUAAUUCAAUGUUUACUCUUUAGAUGAAUCACACAAAAAUUACUGUAGACCACGUUGAAUCAAAAAAAAAAUCUAAAAUCAAAUCUGUCGACAAAUAGACAAACAAACGUAUAUAGCGAUAUAGACACCUACUCCAAGAAAACAAAAAUUGUACCUUGUAAUCGAUAGCCAAAAUCGCGACACGAUAAACGCGGUGUAAACGAUUGUCCAAUUUUUAACGAACAACAACAAUAGCCCACCGGAUGCGAACUUUUUGAUUCUGAUUUUUAGAACAUGGACAUCCACGACGAAGGCCAAGAAUGGCGAAGAAUUUUACAUCUUUUGAUAGGGAUUUUAGUAUCGGAAACCACACAGCAGAAGUAGACUAGGAAUUUUAGAAGCCGCCGUUUUAAUGGAUUGGACGAACAUUGGUCGACGGCGAUGAACAAUCGGUGGAUA